AUGGCGAGUCCUAUUCAAUAUCGAGCUUUAGCUAGCUCCACCACAGCAGUAAGCUCGAGAGGAGCUUUGAUCUCUGGUGUGUUGAGCAAACAAUGUAAACAGAAUCGCUUGGGGAGCUUGGUGGCUCGUAGAUAUAAAUCUGGUCCAUAUGGAUAUACACAAGCUAAAGCGCUUGUGUAUUCUAAGUAUGGGGAGCCGGCGGAUGUCUUAUCUCUUCACAAUCACUCCAUCUCCCCCUCUCUUCCUUCGAAAUCCAUUCUCCUCCGUACUCUCGCGACCCCCAUUAACCCCGCCGACAUAAACCAAAUCCAAGGUGUCUACCCCUCCAAGCCCCCCUUCACCAGUCUCCUCGGAACCGAAUCUCCCUCGGCCGUGGGCGGCAACGAAGGAUGUUUCGAAGUCAUGUCUCUCGGUCCCGGCAUAUCAACUCUUUCGAAAGGCGACUGGGUGAUUAUGAAAUCGACUGGAUUUGGAACAUGGCGCACACAUGCUAUAGCGGAGGAAUCGCAGGUUCUCAAGAUUGGUAACAAAGAGGGACUGAAGCCCAUUCAGGUCGGUACUGUGAGCGUUAAUCCGUGCACGGCUUAUAGAAUGUUGAGGGAUUUCGAGAGUAUGGUGGAGGGCGAUUGGUUCAUCCAAAAUGGUGCGAAUAGUGGGGUGGGGAGAGCAGCCAUACAGUUGGGGAAGAGGUGGGGAUAUAAGAGUAUCAAUGUUAUACGGGAUCGCGAGAAUGCUGAUGAGACUGAGGCGAUGAAAAAAGAACUAUUGGAAUUGGGUGCCACGAAGGUGGUGACCGAGUCGGAAUUGAUGGAUCAAAGUUUUAGGGAUCAGGUUAAGGAGUGGACGAAUGGAGGCAGGGAAAAGAUCCGUGUGGGGUUGAACUGUGUGGGUGGACAACCGGCUGGUGCGUUGGUGAAAUGUCUGAGUAAUGGAGGUCAUCUUGUUACAUAUGGAGGGAUGUCUAAGAAACCAUUGAUGCUUCCUACUGCAGCUUUGAUCUUCAAGGAUAUCAAGUUUAGUGGUUAUUGGGUCAGUAGGUGGAGCGAUAGCCAUCCAGACGAAAAGAAGAAGACAGUCGAUGAAAUUUUGGAGAUGACGAGAUUAGGCAUGUUUAAGGAUAUUCCGGUUCAAGAACUCAAGUGGGAUUGGGAGACAAAGGAGGAUGUGUUGAAGUCGGCAGUGAGAGGAACCUUGGAGGGGUUCAGGAGUGGAAAGGGAGUUUUCAUCUAUGGAGAUACGUAG